AUGCUACGAUUUAUCUUCACAUGGCUGGUCUUCAUCGUACUGCUAGCUCAGGGAGCUGUUGCGCUCGAAACACACUGGGGCUGCCAGGCUCUCUCGAGUGAUGCCUUUGGAGGCUACUUCGAGGGUGCCGUGUGGCAGGAUCUUCGGCUCCUGCUGUCCUUCGUAAUGGGCAUCGCCUGUGUCCACACUGGCGAGGUGCUGAUCAAAAACGGCGGCCCCAAUGUGAUGCAAAUGUUCCAGAGGAAACCCUUCGAGCUGUAUCCCUUUGUGCUCUGA